AUGACUCCGCAAGCUAUUCCAGCAAGAAGACAUCGAGCAGUGGUAGUAGGAGCUGGGCCGGUAGGCUGCCUGGCCGCGCUGAUGCUGGCUAAGCGGGGCUGGCAAGUUUCGUUAUAUGAAGCACGUCCCGAUCCUCGCCUUUCUUCGGCCAGAGCUGCCAGUCAACAGCGCUCGAUUAAUCUCGCUAUAUCUCACCGCGGAAUAUCUGCCAUACAGGCAAUAGAUGGCUCAAUGGCUCAGCGAUUCAUGCAGACCGCUAUCCCCAUGAAAGGACGCAUGAUUCAUCAGUUAGACGGUAAAUGGAACAGUCAAUUAUAUGAUAGAGAUGGACAGUGUAUCAAUUCCAUAGACCGAGCAUUACUCAGUGAAUAUUUUGUGAACGAAGUCACUGCCUCGGAUAAUAUUCGGGUUUUUUUUCAACAUAAGGUUCUAGCCGUUGACUUCGAUGGCAGGAAUAUCACUAUCGAAGACAUGAAUAGUGCUCUUACCACCACCCCUAGUUUCGAUUUCUGUGUCGGUGCAGACGGGAGCUAUUCAGUCGUUCGAAGACAAUUAAUGAGGGUCGUUAGAAUGAACUACCAACAAGAGUACAUCAAGCAUGAGUACAUGGAACUCAGAAUGCCGGCAAGUCAGGACGCUGAAGGGUGUAUGAAAUUUGCACUUGAUCCGAACCAUCUUCAUAUUUGGCCUCGACACUCCUACAUGCUCAUUGCGCUCCCAAACAAGGAUUGCACAUUUACUUGUACCCUGUUUGCCCCGAGCGAGGAGCUCGACCGUCUGAAUACCCCAGACAUAUUCUUGAACUGGUUCAGAUUAAACUUCCCGGAUGCUCUGCAGGAAAUCGGCGAGAAGAACCUAAUAAAUGAUUUUACGCACAAUCCCCGAAGUUCCUUGAUAUGCACGAAGCUCAAUCCAUAUCACUACAAAGACCGAGCGAUUUUAUUAGGAGAUGCCGCCCAUUCGAUGGUUCCAUUUUACGGACAGGGUCUUAAUUGUGGUCUUGAAGAUGUCAGGAUUUUAAACAUUUUAUUCAAUCAAGAGUCUGCAAUGUCCACGGCCUCAGAACUCACAAUAGACCAAGAGGACGAGCAGAUGAAACGUGUUCUGUCUCGAUAUUCCCAAGAACGCCAUAAGGAUUUACUUGCCAUUAACGAGUUGGCUAUGGAUAACUAUGUGGAGAUGCGGCAUCUAGUGACGACACCGAUCUAUUUGGCUCGCAAGGCUCUGGAUAAUCUGCUUUAUAAAAUAAGCUCGCCGCAAUACAGGUCUCUUUCGUCGUUGAUCCCUCUAUUGUCCGAUGAGUUAUAUGCAGAAAAUGAGCCCAGGGGAUGGCUUCCUUUAUACACUUUGGUUACGUUUCGCCCAGACGUUAGCUACGAUACGGUACGUAGGACAGUGGCCAGGCAGUCAACGAUAUUAACAGGUGUGGGUUUUGUCGGGGCGGCGAUGCUACUCGGCUUGGCGGGAGUGUGGAUGUCCUAUGCAACGAAAUCACGGUAUAGGUAG